AUGGCGGAGAGCAAUAGCAGUGGUUUUGUGCAGCCGGCCAUUCCCAAAUUUGACGGACAUUACGAUCAUUGGGCGAUGUUGAUGGAGAACUUUCUCCGUUCUAAGGAAUAUUGGGAUCUCAUAGAGAAUGGGAUUUCGGUGGUGGGGACACAAUCUGUCUCUACAGUGGUGGCAACAGAACAGACAGAAGCACAACGGAAAUUGGUCGAGGGGCAGAAGCUGAAGGACUUAAAGGUAAAGAAUUACCUUUUUCAAGCUAUAGAGCGGAAUAUCAUGGAGACUAUACUCGACAGAGACACAUCAAAGAGUAUUUGGGACUCCAUGAAACAGAAAUACCAAGGCUCUACCAAGGUGAAGAGGGCACAGUUGCAAGCACUUCGGAGGGACUUUGAGACACUUCACAUGAAGGAGGGAGAGACUGUUGAUAAUUUCUUUGCUUGUACUCUCACUAUAGCCAACAAAAUGAAGGCUCAUGGUGAGACAAUGAGCCAAACCAUCAUCAAUGAGAAAGUUUUGAGGUCCAUGACUUCAAAAUUUGAUUAUGUGGUUUGCUCUAUUGAAGAGUCCAAUGAUUUGGGCACAAUGACUAUUGACGAGCUGCAGAGUAGUUUGUUGGUCCAUGAACAAAGAAUGAAUGGCCAUCGAGGAGAGGAGCAGGCUCUCAAGGUUACUCAUGAAGACAACACUAGCAGAGGAAGAGGUCAAGGGACGUUCAGAGGAAGAGGAAGAGGUCGUGGAAGACAACCUUUCAACAAGGCCACUAUCGAGUGUUUUAAGUGUCACAAAUUAGGACACUUUCAGUAUGAGUGUCCCAGUUGGGAGAAGGGAGCCAACUAUGCAGAAAUAGAUGAAGGAGAAGAGCUGCUAUUAAUGUCCUAUGUAGAGCUUAACCAUGCUAAGAGAGAAGAGGUCUGGUUUCUCGAUUCAGGUUGUAGUAAUCAUAUGAGUGGGAAUAAAGAAUGGUUCUCGGAUUUGGAUGUUCAAUUCAGGCAAACUGUGAAACUAGGCAACAACUCAAGGAUGGCAGUUAUGGGGAAAGGAAACGUUCGAAUGCAAGUGAAUGGAAUCACUCAGGUAAUUUCUGAGGUCUAUUACAUUCCUGAGUUGAAAAAUAACCUGUUAAGUAUGGGGCAGCUUCAAGAAAAAGGUGUGGCAAUUCUGAUUCAACAUGGGGAGUGUAAAGUUUUUCAUCCUAGUAAGGGUCUAAUCAUUCAGUCUGAGAUGAGCGCGAACAGGAUGUUUGCUGUGCUCGCAGCGAUGAUGCCUAAAGCUACUACUUGUUUUCAAGCUGUGACAGAAGAUGAGAGUUAUUUAUGGCACUGCAGAUUCGGACACUUAAGUUUCAAAGGAUUGAGAACCCUUCAAUACAAAAAGAUGGUCAGUGGCUUGCCUUCUCUUAUAAAUCCUGCAAAGUUAUGCACAGCGUGUUUGGUUGGAAAGCAGCACAGGGAAUCCAUUCCAAAAGGAAGUCUAUGGAGGGCGUCACAAAAGCUGGAGCUGGUACAUGCCGAUAUAUGUGGCCCUAUAACGCCUGUAUCAAACAGCAACAAGAGGUAUUUCUUGAGUUUUAUCGAUGACUUUAGUCGUAAGACUUGGAUUUAUUUUUUGCAUGAAAAAUCAGAGGCAUUUACCAUGUUUAAAGGUUAUAAGGCUUGCGUUGAAAAGGAAACAGGUGCCUACCUUAAAUGUUUGAGGACUGACAGAGGUGGUGAGUUCACCUCAAAUGAGUUUGGGGAAUUUUGUAAGGCAAAUGGCAUAACUAGGCAAUUAACCACAACCUAUACUCCUCAGCAAAACGGAGUUACUGAGAGAAAGAAUAGGACUGUGAUGAAUUUGGUGCGUUGUAUGCUCACUGAGAAGUGCCCUACUUUAGCUGUGCAAGAGAGAACUCCAGAGGAAGCAUGGAGUGAUAUGAAGCCUACAGUGGAGUAUUUCAGAGUUUUUGGGUGCUUGGCUCAUGUGCACGUACCAGACCAGAAAAGAAUCAAGUUGGAUGACAAAAGCAUUCAGUGCGUUUUAUUGGGAGUUAGCGAUGAGUCGAAAGCUUAUAGAUUGUUUGAUCCGGUCUCUAAGAAGAUAAUUGUUAGUAGGGACGUUGUUUUUUAG